GAAGCGGCGUCGCUGAUUCCGGAAAUUUGCAAUUUGCAACGGUAGAACUCUCUGGCGAUUGAGAGAGUUUCUGGGGGAAGAAGAAAGCAGAAGAUCUGGUGAUUUAAGGAGAAUGGCGUUCGCGAAGGCACCAAGACUUAGUAGAGAUGAUAUACUUGGAAAUCGAGUGAGCACUAGGAGUUUCAAAAUUUUCUCCGAUAAUCAGAAAACUGAUCCAGUCGGUACACUAGGGAUUUCACAGAAGACUCGUAUUCCUUUGAGGAGAAAGUCUGUUACAAUUAGCAGUGUAGCAGCUUCUAACAUCAAUAUGAAGAAGGGCAUUUCGAGAAUCAUAGGCAAGGGCAAAAGCAAUAAUGAAAAUUCUGAGGAAUAUAAUAAAGUCAAAAGAAAAGCUUUGGCUGAUUUAAGUAAUCUUGGUGGGAAUAUUGGCAGCACUAGCAUGAAAUGGAAGGGUGUCAAAUGUGGAAAUUUGCAAAGGAUUUCAGUUGGUUCAACCAGAGUUAAUGAUCUUUCAGUUAAAAAGUCUACCAAGGAGCCUGAUAGUAAAAGAACAACCGAACUUGGAAACAAUAACCCUAUUAAGACAGGUCAGAAAUUCAUCAAAAGCAAAACCCUGAGCCUUGGAUCAACGGCUGGUGGAACAAGAAAAUCCUUACCAACUUUAAAGAGAACAAGCCUCGUAGAGAAGAGCAUAAAAAAGUACAAUGUCUCAAGCUUGAAUUCGAAACAGUUGGGUCAGGGUCCAGCUAGUAAAGUCAGCAACAAAGGCGUCCCACAGCUGAGCAGUGUCCAUCUCGUAAGGAAAUCUAUCAAGAUCCAGAAAACAGUAAAGACGUCGCUACAAAACCGUAGUUCUCUUAAGAAGCCCCCAGUUGGUAGAAUUUCUUCAGUUCCUUCUUCUGAUGAAGUUGUCCCAACACUGUCACUUCCGAAAAAGGUUGAAACAGAAUGUCUCAAAGAAGAUACUCAGGGACAGAGUUCUUCUAGUGAAAACAAUGACCCAACAACAAAAGUGUUGGAUGUUACAGCAAAGCCAAAAUCAAAACGUAGAAUGUCUUUCACAUCUCUACUAGUGACAGGAUCAAAGUUUGAUGAGAAAAAUGGUGAUACUGCACUGCCAGAAAAGCUUCCCAACAUUGAUAAUGAAUCCAAUCAGCUGGAAGUUGCGGAAUACGUGGAUGACAUAUAUCAGUUCUAUUGGAUUGCAGAGGCAUUAAGUCCAGCUUUGGGAUACUACUUGUCAGCUCAUGCAGAAGUUAGUCCAGUUACACGUGGAAUUUUGAUCAACUGGCUUAUCGAAGUUCAUUUCAAAUUUGAUCUAAUGCAUGAGACACUCUACCUCACAAUGAACUUAUUAGACCGUUACCUUUCCCAAGUUCCUAUACGGAAGAACGAGAUGCAAUUGAUUGGUCUUACUGCACUCCUAUUGGCGUCUAAAUACGAGGACUAUUGGCAUCCCAGGAUCAAAGACUUGAUUAGCAUCUCAGCAGAAUCAUACACCAGACAACAAAUCUUGGGAAUGGAGAGGAUUAUGCUUAAACAGUUAAAGUUCCGUUUGAAUGCACCCACCCCCUACGUUUUCAUGUUGAGGUUCCUAAAAGCUGCUCAAUCAAAUAAGAAGCUUGAACAACUUGCCUUCUACCUUAUCGAGCUGUGCUUGGUUGAAUACGAACCUUUGAAGUAUAAGCCGUCAUUGCUAUGUGCAUCAGCCAUUUAUGUUGCCCGAUGCACUUUGCAUCUGACUCCAGUUUGGACCCCGCUCCUAAACAAACAUACCCACUACAAUGUCUCUCAGAUGAAGGAUUCUUCUGACAUGAUCUUGAGGUUUCACAAAGCUGCUAAAACAGGAAAACUGAGGGUCACUUAUGAGAAGUACAUGAAUCCAGGUCACAGUAACGUUGCAGUCUUGAAACCCUUGGAUAAGCUCCCUCUUUAAGUAGAAUUCUACAAAAGUCACGGCAUGCCUCACCAGUCUAAAGGGAGAUAGAACAUCUACAUGGACUCUAGCCGAAUAUUAAGAAAACUCAAGGCUAAUGGUGAUUCUUGAAUAGGUGUGUGUUUUUUUUUCCUG